CCUGCCCGUCGUCAGUCGUCGGACUCUUUUCUUCCCUAAUCAAGAACACUAUUUCCUGCUGUCUUCCAGGAACGCGGUGCGCGUUAAUCAGCUGCCACCAUGGGUAUCGUCGAGAAAAAGAACAAGGCCACUGAGUACCAUCUGGGUCUCCUCAAGGCCAAGCUUGCUCGCUAUCGAGCGCAGCUCCUCGAGCCUGCCAGCAAGUCUGGACCUGCUGGCGUAGGAUUUGACGUCCAAAAGUCCGGCGAUGCUCGUGUCGCGCUGAUAGGGUUCCCGUCCGUUGGCAAGUCGACGCUUUUGAGCAAAGCUACCAAUACCGCGUCCGAAACUGCGGCCUAUGAGUUCACGACACUAACGGCAAUUCCAGGCGUUAUUGAAUACCAGGGCGCUCGCAUUCAGCUUCUCGAUCUCCCAGGUAUUGUCGAGGGUGCCAGUCAAGGUCGUGGACGAGGACGACAAGUGGUCGCAACUGCCAAGACCGCAGACGUGAUCCUCGUCAUGCUGGAUGCAACCAAGUCAGAAGAGCAGCGCACGUUACUUGAGCAUGAACUCGAUGCUGUGGGCAUCCGACUUAACAAGCGAAGACCAGACGUCGUAUUCAAGCGUAAAACGACUGGCGGCCUCAACACCACCGUCAAGCUGACCAAAACCGAUGAGAAGACGAUCCGUACCAUCUUGGCCAGCUAUAAGCUUCACAAUUGUGAUGUGAUGAUUCGUGAGGAUAUCACCACGGACGAAUUUAUCGACGUGCUUAUUGGAACGCGGAAAUACAUUCCAUGUCUCUACGUGUAUAACAAGAUUGACGCGAUCAGCUUGGAACAAGUCGACAAGCUCGCACGAACGGAUCAUACCGUUGUUAUCAGCUGUGAACUGGAUUUGAAUUUGGACUACCUUAUUGAUCGCAUCUGGGAGAGCCUAGGGCUAGUGAAGGUGUACACCAAGAAACGAGGUGUUCGUCCGGACCUGUCAGACCCGGUUUGCUUACGGAAAGGCGCGACUGUCGAGGACGUGUGUAUCGGCAUCCAUAGGUCCCUGGCCGCGAACUUCCGAUAUGGUUUAGUAUGGUCAGGUCGUUCUUCCAAGUUCUCGCCGCAUGCACAGAAAGUGAGCUUGAAUCAUCAAGUCCAAGACGAAGAUGUUGUUUCAAUAUUUACAAAGUGAUGCCUGUAAAAUGGAGGGAUGAAGCAUACCUUGGAUUCAUGAUCAUGAAGAUAGAUCUAGUAAAUGUAUGGAUGUUAUGCUAUACCACCGCCCUCUGGCGAUAGCCCUUGACGAGCCCUUGACAAUCUGGCUGCGAUAGUGGGUUGAAACGUUGAAGUGUGAGCGCGUGUGUUCCGCACGGGUCGGAGUUUUCGUGCAUCUCUCCGCGGGUGUCAUCAAUCGCGGCACGUAAGUCCAGUAGGUAACGCAUCACUGCAUAACGCAAGUCCAAAGAGGAUGGCGCCGAAUCGUUUCACCACCACAUAUAAGGUGAUAUCGCCAGCCGGGGCUUGGGUUUCCUGACUCGACGCCCGUUCGCUCUUAAUCCAACGUCAAGAGGAUACCCACAAUGUCUAGUGCUAGCACACCAUCUUCAUCGACGGAAUUCAUCUUCCUCGGCACCGGCACCUCGUCGAGUAUACCUCAUCUAGACUGUCUCACAGCACCUCCCAACAAACGCCCGUGCAAGACCUGUUUGUCUACUCUUACACCCGAGGGCAAGCACAAUAUACGCAGGAAUACAUCGGCCGUGCUUCGAGUUCCAGCGAAGGACGGGCAGAAGCUGACGGUCGUCGUAGACGUUGGAAAGAACUUUCAAGCUGCUGCCUGCGAGUGGUUCCCUAAGUAUGGCCUUCGACGAAUAGACGCUGUGCUUAUCACCCAUGCCCAUGCUGAUGCUAUGAAUGGUCUGGACGAUCUGCGAGGUUGGACCUUGGGAGGCGCAAUCCAGAAGCACGUCGAUGUCUAUAUCUCUCAGUCGACAUUCAAGGAAGUCCAGCGCGCCUUUCCUUAUCUUGUCUCGAAAGAGUUUGCUUCUGGCGGAGGUGAUGUCCCUGAAUUCGUCUGGCAUAUCUUCGAGGACAAGGUUCCAUUCGAGAUCGGAGACUCCGGCAUAUCGGUAACACCAAUAUCGGUGCACCAUGGCCGCCUAUUCUCGACAAGCUCGACUCCACCUCCUGCUUUCACGCCCACCCCAGCCGUCUCGCAGCCGGGCACUCCUGCUGAAUCAGAGCAGACUUCUCCCACUUCUCCCGUUCGGCCGCUCCCAGAGCUUCGCGCCAACGGAGUCAAAUCCAAGAUCCAUCCUUUGAUCGCGUUUGGGUUUAUCAUCCAGCGGUCCAUCGUCUACAUCUCGGACGUGUCUCUCAUCCCUGAUGAAACCUGGGCUGUCUUGGAGCGUGAAGUGACGACCAAGUCGGUAUUUAUCGUUGACUGCCUCCGGCUGGAGGCGCAUACGUCGCACUACGGGCUAGGAGAAGCCCUCGCAUCGAUCCGUAGGUUUGGCGCCCCGCGGAACUAUAUGACUGGAUUCAGCCACAAUAUUACUCACGACGAGUUUGUGACCAUGAGCAAGGCUGCGGGGGGCGAUCAAUUUCGCGAGGAAGAACUGACGGCCACCGAGAAAAAGGGCUUGGAGGUGAUCAAAGAUGGAACGCCGGUAUGGGUGCGACCUGCACACGAUGGGCUUAGGGUGCUCGUGUCGAGUGAAGGGGUGGUAGAAGACGACACGUACGGCCGAUAGACCGGCCGCCAGGAUGCAGCGUGGCAUCUGUUUAGAUUCUGCGUGGCGCAGAAUUGAAGUGAUCAUGAUAUUGGAUGCAGAUACAUGUAGCACGGGGUACAUUAUCAUAGAAAGGUUAAUGCAAAGCC